AUGGUACCAGCAGUGAAGACCAAGAUCCGCGCAGGGCUGACGCAGGCUGGGGUGACCGCAGGCUUCCGACUCUACAAGCUGGCAGGCGUCUAUUCCGUUGGCCUUGGGACCAGAAAGUUGGCCUGUGAUCGCGCCGGCCACCUCGCCAUGACGCUCAUGCUAAGACUACAGAGGCAGCUCGCCCUGCCAGGCGGCAACGCCUGGCGCCGACUCCGUGAGCUGGUUCUGUCCGCUGCAGAGCGCUGCUUCGCGGAAGAGGGGCCACCUGCGAGGAUGGAGAUGAAGCUCUUGUCCUCCAUUCGCCUGAAGCCGUUGGAGGUGAAGAAGGAGCACGAGGUGUGCGUGAAGGCCAUGCCUCGCAAGAAGGUGAAGCAGGAGCACGAGGUGCGCGUGAAGGCCAUGCCGCGCAAGAAAGUCAAGCACGAGGUGCGAGUGAAGGCCAUGCCGCGCAAGAAGGUGAAGGAGGAGAUCGAGGAGCGAGGUUCGGCCGCAUCGCUGCUCAAGGCUCAGGUCAAGCGCAUGCCCAAGAAGCCCGAGAUCGAAGAGGUUCCGAACCUUCUUGAGAAGGAGGCGCAGCGGGCGCUUCAGGAGAUGGAGGAGGCAGAUCAGCGAAUGAGCCAGUCGCAGCAAGAGCUCCAGGCAGCCACCGAGGCUGCCAAGGGCAACGCGCAGGACCUGCGGCUGCAGCUCGUUCAGCAGGCGCACAACCUCGCCAUGAAGGCCCAGGGCCAGGCGAGGGAAAACUGGCGGUUCUACCUGGAGAAGAUGGACGAGCUGAAGCGCGAAGCCACGCACCGCGCCUCGGAGACGCUUACAGUCAAGAAGGAGGAGCCCGAGGAGGAGCCUUCACGGGAUCAUACGCUCCGGAGGAGGGUCAUUCUCAGGGCGAGGAAGAGGCUUCGGAUGGAUGAAGUCUCUGAGGAGCGGUCGGAGCCUCGCAAGCGGCGCCGAAGGUCCUCGCCACGCAGGUGCACUGCGAGACAGGUGUACCUGCUCAGGGAAGCCCAAAGACAUGGCGAGGACUGGGACCCCUCGAGAUGCAGCAACGUCAUCGAGAAGUAUGGGCACUUGAUGCAGUACAUAAGCCCGGACGAUUUGGUUUUCACACAUCUGAACAUCUCGCCCUACUUCAGGAACGGCCCGCACAAGGGGCAGCCUUUGGAGACGCUGCUCCAUGACCUCUCCAGCUGCGUCCUCGACCCGAUGGACCUCACUGCGCUGGUAGGUGUGCUGCAUAGCAACGAGCUACGGGUGGUUUGCGGGAACCGCCGCCUGAGCGUGCUCAAGCGCUAUCUGCACAUGCUCCGCCAGGACGGCAACGAGGAGAGAGCUCUGAAUGUGAAGGUGCCGGUGUAUGUCCACAUGUGGGAGGAUCUGCCAAGAGGGCUGCAAGCCAAAUAUAUCGAAGCAUCCUCAACAGUGGACGGGAAGCAGCCCGAGUUCUUUCCCCAGCGAUCUCGGAUCCCAGAACCGGUGUUAAGGUGCGCGCGAAGUGCCAUCCCCGCCCAGCUCGGCAAGGGCAAGCCCUUCGUAGUACCACCCAGAGGAAGCGUGGCUAGCUUGGGAGCCAGUGAUUCUCAGAUGGCCUUGCUCGAGGGUCGAUGGCAGGAGGUCGGCUCGAACAUUGCCUACAAGGUCUUCUUUGAGGGCACUGAGGGCACUUGGAAGGUCGAGAAGACCUGCCGACACUUCGUCCAUACCUACAGUCUGACAAUCAAGCAGAACAAGGUCUUCUGGGGACUCUCCAUGCGCUACUGGGCCAACUGCGACGGCGAUUUCAUCUGCUGGUAUGACACGAACAACGCCCUCGCCUUCACCUGGGUCCGGGUCCCUUAG